AUGACUAGGCAAUUAACUUGGCUUGUUACUGGCUGUUCCUCUGGUAUAGGAGAGGCUUUCGUUCGAGCCAUUCUUGAUAAGGGAGACCGAGUGAUUGCCACAGCACGUCCAAAUAAAGGGGUUUCCGGUGUAGAUCGACUAGCCUCCCUGAAAGAGGCCGGCGCCGCGACCAUAGAGCUGGAUGUUUUGACUCCACAAGAAGAGCUGAACGCCAAAGCUAAAGAGGCAUGGGCUAUCUACGGCCAAGUGGACGUACUGGUCAACAACGCGGGCUACAUUGAGGCAGGAAUCUUCGAAGAACUCGAUCAACCACAGCGAAAAAAAACCAUGAUCAACUCUCUGCGAGCGAAUGUUCUUGGUCCGCUCAACUUUACCAGGGCAUUUCUCCCUCUGAUGAGAACAGCCAAGACUGGCACUCUCCUCUUCGUCGGCUCACUGGGCAUAUACUACGGCGCUCUGGGUGCGAACUGCUACAUCGGCUCGAAGGGCUUAAAAGAAGGACUGGUACCCAAUCUUGCUGUGGAAGUCGCCUCGUUUGGUAUUCGAACUUCAAUCCUGACUUUUGGCAAUUUCCGUACUGAGGUCAUGUCUCCGGAGAACAUGAAAUUUGGAGCUACCAAUCCCCAGCCCGAGUAUGAAGAGCUCAACAACCUGAUCAAGCUUGGCCUCAGUGCGCAAAAUAAGAACCAGCCGGGUGAUCCCAGGAAGGCAUGCGAGCUCGUCAUCGAGGCUGUGAGGGGUGAGGGUCGGUGUGCGGGGAAUGAGCUGCCUUUGAGGCUGCCUGUUGGCCCGGAUGCACUCGCUUGUAUCAGAGCUAGCUGUACAGAGAAAUUGGCGCUCUGCGAUGAGUGGGAUGCCAUUAGCUCUCAGACAGACCUAACCAUUCGACCAGAAAUGUCGUUUCAUGUACAGAACGCAGGAGGUAUAUUUUCAAUCAAACCCCGAAAUGUCAAUUAUGUUUUAAGUUGA